AUGCAUCGAGGCACGCACGUCGUCCGCCCAAACCGCAGCCAUAUAAGCGGGUACCAUUUCGCAGGGCAAUCUCGCGCAAGCACCAGCACUGAUCCUUUCUCCCCCCUCCAGUCCUCCGUGUACUACGUGCCCACCUACGGCACGAACACUCUCAUGCCUGGUCAACACAUUGAAAAUUCAGACGGGUACCCUUAUCCUUAUCCUGGAAGUGGCAAGCCUCGCCAUCGGGAGCACAUGUCGAACCACGAGCUCGCGAGACGCAGUGGGCGGGCACACCACCAUGACUUUGACGAGCACGCCGGGGCGGAGCCCGGCGUCAACCCGAGGAGCGGGCUGUCUAUCGCGGAGUAUAGUCAUUUCAAGCAGGACUGCGUGAUUGAUGUCAUCGACUAUGACUCCGAUGAAGCUACUUUUCAAAGGGUCACAAAUGCUGGUCUUAUCCAAUUGUUGAGUGAGAAGAAGCAAGACGUCUUUGGUGAUGAUGGCCUACCACCGCGUAUGGUGCGCUGGAUUAAUAUUGGUGGUAUUGACUGGAGUGUCCUGAGUGCGGUUGCUCUCAAAUACAACUUGCAUUCUCUUGCUCUUGAAGACAUCCUUCACGAACGAGGUCACAAUCAUUCAAAAGUCGACUACUAUCCCGGACACCUCUUUCUCCGAAUACUAUGCCAUACAGUCGACCUCGACGACGAAUCUGCAUCUCCAAGUUCAUCGCCGCUGAACAUGUCUCCCGAUCCGUCGAAGACAGCUCUAUCCGACGGCGAGAUACCCCCCGAACCAGCCAAAGCUGCAAGCGUCAGGCACCUGGACCUGGAAGGCGGACCUGAUGUACCUCCUGAUAACUUGACCAAUGGAGAAGACCCACAAGCAAUGAAGGGGAAAGACGCCGCACCAGGAAACGAACCUCGGAAAUCAUUUCUUUCUUCCUCUCUCAAGAAGAGACUGUCUGCCUUGAGUGGAUUCUCAGGUCCUGCGAGACAAAAACAGCUUCUGGAACUCAGGGCCUUGAAGAAAGGUGACCGCGUUAUGGUCAAGAAUGAGCCCAUGUUCAUCUUCCUUCUGCACGACGGGACUGUCAUCUCGAUGCAACCUUCUCCAAGUCUGGCGUAUACAGCACCGAUUACCGAACGUUUACACCGUCCAGAUUCUAUCCUUCGAACUUCAGAGGACGCGUCUCUACUGGUUGAGAGUUUGUUGGACCUUGUUGUCGAUCGCAUCCUCGAGAUGGUGGACGAAUACCAGGUCAAGAUCAACAAGCUCGAACAUGACAUUUUGCUCAACCCUGACAUGGCCACCGUUCGCAACCUCCAUAUCCUCUCAGGCGACCUCAUCCUACACAAACGAACCCUCGAUCCCAUCAAAACGAUGAUAUUCGGUCUGCGGCGGUACGACCUAGACAGAUGCGUCGCCCUCGCCGACAACAUGGCCCGGGACUACCAGUACGCGCCGUCGGACAGCGACACCGAGUCGAGUAUUAGCGAUACUGUGGCGCCCGACAAUGAUGAAGGGCGGGAGGAGAGAAAGAAGGCAGAGGGGAAGGACAAGAAGUCGAAGGCGAAGAGGAAGAGGCAGAGAGAAAGGGGGAGGCGACAGAAGGAGCAGGGUGGGGUGUGCGUUGAGAUUCAGGCGCCUGAGACGAAAUCGCCGACUGAGGGCGAGAAGCUGAGGCGCAAGACGUCGAAUAAAAAUCGACGAAAACCGAAGUCGCCUACUAGUCCUACCGCUCAGAAGAUCGAGGGUUUCUUCAGCUUCAAGGCGAAGGUCUACCUAGCAGACGUGUACGACCACAUGGACUUUGCCCUGGACAGCUUGGACAUGUUCGCGGGUAUCUCUGAGAAUCUGAUCAACUACGCGUUCAACGUGGCGUCAUAUGACAUGAAUAUGGUUAUGAGCCGCUUGACACUUGUCACGAUCAUCUUCUUGCCUUUGACGCUGCUGACGGGAUAUUUUGGAAUGAACUUCACGCCUUUCUGGGCCGUUGACCACAAUUCCGAUUUAUUCUUUUGGAAAAUCUCGCUUCCCGUCAUGGCAGCCCUUAUUCCGCUUUUCAUGUACAAGGAUAUCCGAAAGGCAGUGCAGUAUACAAAGAGGGUGAGGGAGGUCCGUCGGUCGUUGAAGGGAUUACGGUGA